AUGGCUUCUGAUACACAAGAGAAGGAUGACGAAGUCACCUCUCGGGUCCCGCGUGUUGCUGCGGAGACCACUGAACAUUUUUCGUGGGUGGCGCUGACGCGAAGAGUUGCUCUUGUGGGAAUGUGCGUCUUCUGUGCGUCUUUGUUCUACGUUGUUUUUAUUUACCUGCCGUUCUUCGCUGGCGGUAAUGGUCAAAUGCGUUUGUGUUCUGCAACGUAUUUUUGUUGUUGUUUUGUUGGCGGCGUCGUGAGUGGGCUUCCGCACACUCUCUUGACGCCGGUGGAUCUUGUGAAGUGCCGCAUGCAGGUUGGAGAGUACGAGUCCGUGUCGGAGGGUUUUCGUACCAUUUAUAGGGACGCCGGGGGCUCACUGGUUGGUAGUAUACCGCUGCUCUACCGUGGGUGGGUCCCCACACUUAUUGGCUAUUGUCUUCAGGGCGGGGCGAAGUUCUUUUUCUACGAGGUGUUUAAAUGUAUGCUAAAGGGGCACUGCAUGGUGCAGGCAGUGGGGAACUCGCCGCAGUCAUACAGUUAUGUUUGUGAAUUACUUAUUUAUUUAUUGGCUAGUUUCUUUGCGGAACUGAUAGCCGAUGUUUUUCUGUCUCCAUGGGAGGCUAUUAAAAUUAAGAUACAGACCACGAGUGUGCAUCGUACACAGAUUGGUGUCAUUGUACCCAUGGUGUGGGCAGCAGAAGGCUGCCGUGGUUUUUACAAGGGUCUCACGGCGCUUUGGUGCCGCCAGGUUCCUUACACGGUUGUGAAGUUCAUGAGUUUUGAAAGCAUUGCGUACCAGUUGUAUAAAGUCUUUGGAAGUACUCCGCAGAGCGCCACGUCCAAGGCUGUUCAAAUUUUUGUGUCAUUGCAGGCGGGAAUGCUGGCCGGGGUGCUUUGUUGCAUCGUCUCUCACCCUGCCGACACAAUCGUGUCUAAGCUAAACCAGCGAAUUGACACUGUCAAAGGGACGACAGGCACCUUUUGCCAUUUGCUCCGGGCUCUUGGGUGGUGGGGAAUCUGGAAAGGCAUUGGCCCUCGCUUGUUGAUGGUGGGGACACUUACAGGGAUGCAGUGGGUGCUGUACGAUAGCUUUAAGGUGCUCGUGGGCAUCCCCACAACUGGGGGGGGUCGUGUUGACGCAAGAAACGCAGUGCCUACUACCGGGACCGAGGUAAGGUGA